AUGUGGGCUGUCGGCAGGCGAUGUGAGGACCACCACUGGUCGGGCGCAGUGGCGCUGGCGCACCUGGACGGCGCGGGCACCGACGAGGCCGUGUCCACCAUGGUGCAGCGCGUGCAGGAGCUGGCCAUGGCCUACCCCGACGGCCGCCUCGAGCUGCAGCUGGUGGGCGGCUUCUCCGACAGCCGACACUACUCGGAGGAGCUCUUCUACAACAUCAUGCAUGCAUUCCAUCGUCAGAUUGUGGAGAUCGACUUGACGAUGGCAUGUGUAGGAGAGGUGAACACCACUAUUCGGGGUGGCAUUCAUUGGCCUAUCCUGUAUGGAGUGGGUAUCAAUAUCAAGACUGGUGAGUUGUUUCCUGCACAGUUCCCCGACAAGGGGCCCGACCUGGCUCUCCGAUGGGCUAGGCAUCUCGCAGGGGGACAGCAGGUUUUGGACAUCUAUGACUGCAGUUUAGGUAUGUUGCGUAUUGGCCCCUUCAACUAUGAACCUUUACGAGGAGUGGAUCUAUGGUUAGAACAGUCUGAUGAUUUUAUUCUGCAACAUCUAUCCACCUCACCAGAAGUAGAAUCACCUCAUUUUGUGCGGCAAACAUUAAAAUAUAUCCAGGAACAUCCAUUCCCUGCAGUGACUGUUUUCCGUGACAACAGACCACAUUAUUAUCGACGAGAUGAAGCAAGUGGCCAUUGGACACCUAUUCGUUUUUGAGUUACAAACUUGUACAUUUAGCUUCUUGUCGGGAGGUGUUGAGUGAUGCAAGACAUGGAGACCGACUUCUUGCCUUGUGCAUCUGUGCUAAGGUGUUAAAUAACCACAACAUAUAAGUAAAUAUCAAAAUUUAAUUAGUUAUUAAUCUUUAUAAUUGUUGACAUUGAUAUACUGCAUCUUCAAUAUCAUGAACCUACUUACAUCAGUGUUAAUGCAAUCUGGCAGCAGUGCAAAAGAGGAUGUCUGUAGUAUCAAGAAAGACUGAACAGAUAAGAAAAUGCUCACAAUUUAAUAAAGCACCAAGAGAAGCUUUUAUGUAGUUGUUUGCAAAGGAGGACAUAAUUGAAAUGUUUCUUUCUGUGAAUAUGAACUUGUAGGAAUUCACAAUUGAGUGCAUUGUGGUGUUACCUGCUUUUAUUGAUAAACCCAUUAUGAUGACGAUUAUAAAGGCAGGUGAUUGCGAAGUCAAGCAUUGUUAUGAUUCCAGCUGUACUUGCCUCUUCGCUCGUUUAAUGAUGUUAAAUCGCCAUCCCUUCUGCAUGUUAUUUCUGUGUUUUUUGUUUUCUGAACAGUAGGACCAGUGCAAUUUGGUGAUAAUUGCAUCAAUUUACUCCGAGGCAAAAAUUCAUCUGCCACAAACUGCUCACAUAGUGGCAGAUCCAACAAUUUCUCUUAUUGCUUAAUUGAAAUGAGAUUAUUUGCUGUAUAAACUUAAAUAAAACAUUCUUCCUUAUGAUUUCAUAUUUUCUUGAGAGAAAUAUGUGAAAUAAAUAUGUGUUUGAAAUGAAAUUGCUUCAAUGAGAGAAUUUGUCUCAUCACUUCAUGCUAUUUGCCACUGGGCAUGCAAAUUGAUGCUAUAAAGUCUACAUUUGUUUGUAACUGGCUAGUGCUUUCCAAUACAGAAGCACAUAACAUGUUGCUUGUUGUUUGUUUACCUCAACAGACUAGUUUGUUCUGUCACUUACUUUUUGCUUAUUAGAGAAUACUUCUGAUAAGUGGUGGAGCACAUUAAAUCUUUAACAAAGUGUGUUUUCAAAUUCAGACAUUUAUAAAUUUGUUUGGAACUGUGAUUGUUACUCACUAUUAUAUAGUGCACAACAGGUAUCACCAAUAAUUUUUCUGUGUGGUUCUUAUUAUUUGAAUUAUUAACUAUUUCACUUUCCUAAGAACACAAUCCUACACUUCUCUUUAAUUCAUAUUUUUUACAUAAAUUGAUCAUAUGUUAUAGUAAUAAAAUAUAUUAGGUCUUAUGUUCCAUGAAUUAUUUAAAUGGUCUUCAUAUAUAUGGUAACUUCAUUUGCUGAAUUAAAACAGCUCUCAUUUGCUUCUUUAUUUUUUUUAGAAAAAAUGGCCCUCAGGGGAUAUUUUCAGAAAAUUGUUUGUAUUUCUUUAAUUAUGACAUUGCAGAUAAGAUAAUUUUUGGUCAGAAAAAGUUUCAGACUAUUAUGUUCUGCAAAAUCAGAUAGCAUUUAAAAUAGUUUGGUGCAUUGAUAUUGGUGAUAUUUGGUAUGUACUGUCAUUGUUUGCUUGUAAACUGAAUAAUAAAUUAAUUAUACAAAUAGCAUUGUCUCUUUAUUGUACUUCAAAAUGUCCAUAAUGUAGAACUGGUUAUGUUCAGUAUUCCUAAGGACAUAUGAGACAUGAAAUUUUCAUUAUAGUUUCAGAUGUAGUUACAUCUUGUAAAUUUAUACAACUGGAUAGGUAAUAUAAGUAACAUUGUAACCUUGUGCCAUAAGAAUUUUCAGUUACUUAAUAAAUUGCAUGUUAAUCUCAUCACAUAACAUUUCCAGGUUCAGGCUUUGCUACUUAGAUUAUUAUUGGCAUAUUACUUAUGAUGUACAUUCUUGCUGUAUGAAUAAUAGUUCUGAACAUGCAGGUUUACGUGAUUCAAUUGCUCUUCAUUCUUAUGGUUCAGUUUAUCUUACUUCAGUUUCAGACUUAUUUCAGUUUCACAAAAUAGUCUGUCCUGUUUUUAUGAGAAUAUAAGCACACCGUGUACAUAUUUUAGCUGAAAGAUAGCAUGGAAUAAAAUAUUUUUAGAUACAAGAAGAAUAUAUUUAAAGAGUGUUCUGUUUAUGAAGAAAAAAUAUUUGAUUUUACAUUUUAAAGGACUGUGUAAAUGACUGUGUGCUGGAUGUUGAGUUUUAUAUUUUAUAGUUGCAUAAUAACUUGUUUAAAAAUAUUUGAAAAUGGGUGUUAACAAUAUAAAAUGCUAUUAUUCAGAAAUAUUGUGAACAGUGUAUGUGAAUGUGUACUAUUUGAAUGACAUUUUUCUGGAGUAUGCAGUGGCUUUGGCUUCAGUUUGGGUGUGGUUACUUCUGUUAAUCUUUCAAACUAGUAUAUAAAAUUAUAAAAUAUACUUGUAUAUUAUAUCUUUGAGACAAAAUUUUUAAAUAGUCACAGAGUAGAUUUCAGUCAUCACAGCAAUUGGAGAGCUUUUUGGAAAUGUAAUGAACAAUAUGGUGAUGUAUAAUUAGAUGGUUGUAUCUCAUAAAGUAAACAUCAUUUCUUUUAUAGAUAAUGCCAAGAAGAGUUAUACUGGAAUUCUGAUAAUCCGAGGGCAGUGCUUUACAUUUAAAUGAUUAAAUAUGCAAUUGAUAUAUUAAUUCUAAAUUCUGUUUUAAGAGAUCAGAAUGUAGAUUUUUUAUUGUUUACUACUUUAUUGAUAUUUCCAUAUUACUUUAAUGCAGUCUUCAAAAUGCAGUAAAUCACAAAUGAAAUGUUUCAUUUUAUUACAAAACUGAAAAGUACCUGUCGAUUAACUACAAAGAAAUAUUGUAGUUAUGUUAGUGUAUAUUUAUGUUGUCAUGAAGUUGCAUUUUACUUCCAAAGCGACCUUAUUAUUUUCAAAGAUGAAAUAAAUUUAUGGGAGAAAUGUAAAUAAAAUAAACAGAUGUUCAGUCACUUUUGGGAAAAAUUAUUUAAAUAUUGAAUUUGCAAGAUUCAUUCAGUGUCCUUUAAUUCAUACCAGCUAGCUUAUAUAUUUGUUGUUUCUUACAUUGUUGAAAUUCAGUUAAGAUUAUGGAAAUUUAAGAUAUUAAACAAUUUGCUUUUAUCAAGGACAAUAUUUCUAUUAUUACAUCUACAUCACAAAAAAGGGUUCUAAGUUCAAGAAAAUGUUUCAUAAUGGGGGUGUGAUAAUGCUUGCAGAAAUUUCUGUACUAGUAAACAAAGAAUACUUCAUGCAACCAUUACAUAAACAAGAGAAAUCACAAACUGGCAAGCUUAUACGUUUUAAGGAAAUAACUGUUUAUUGUUAAGAUGAAAAGACUAAAUGAUAAAAAAAAUAUGAACAACUUGCUGAAUUUCACUUAUGAUCAGAUGGCAUUCUUCAUAAAUUUUGUAUUAGAGAUAACAGUCAAGACAUUUUAUCCAGACCCUAAGUUUCAGACUUUGUUUGGAUUAUCAUACAUUUAUAGAAUUUGGUUAAUCUUUUAAAAAAUUAUUCUUGUGAACUAAAAAUGUCCUGUUUGAAAAACUUAAAUUUGAUUGAUAACAACUGAAAACUUUUAAACUCACUGUAUUUUAUGAAUUAGAGCCAACUGUUCCAAGAGCCACUGCUAUUUUCUCAUUACAUUGAAAGAGUUAAUCUGGGUAUUGUUAUAUAUUUGUUUACAUUUUUUCAUGUAUUUUGUUUGUGUCUUGUAUCAAAUCACAGAAGGUUCCUUUUAUCCAUCAAAGAUAUUACAUACAAAUGAUCAUUGGUUUCUGUUAAAAGUUUUGCAAAUUUGUAUUCAGUUGCUUGGAAUAAAAUUCACAUAU